AUGGCAGAUCACACGUCCUUUGCAACGUUUUCCGGUCAUCAACUCCCUCGUGCCUUUUUCGAGGCACCUGGAGUUGACGAUGCAGUGAAUCCCCAUUUCAACCUGGGAUAUUUCCAUGGGCCUGUCAUCGAUCCGAAUCCAGGAUGGCGACCUGCUGUCGCGGGCAACAAUGCGAGAUACAAUAUCAGUGCUGCUGAUAUCGCGAACCCGAAUGACCAGCCUCCUCAUGCGCGUCUGCUGUUGUCAAAGAUGAAUCUUCUUGUCUGUCCAGUGGUGGAAAUUGAACCAGCUCAUCAGUGCGGUAUGACUUUCGAGACUCAACCUGACUUCCGCCGUCAUCUUCGCAUGGUUCACCCAGGCUGCUUUCGCAACCCUGACCGGAGACGAAUCUCAAAUCUCGAAAGGAACAAGGGCACGCUGGCACUAAUCGCUUACAUCCGGUCCGGUGAAUGGCGUGAAGAUUUGUUCAUGAAUGAACCGGGUCGCGGACCAGCAGCCAGUGUUGUCGGAUACUGGGCAGACUGCAUGUCAACUAUUGCUCGCAAUGACGAUAAGUGGUGUGAUGAGUUUGGGCUUCUUUAUCAUCGUGACCAGCAUCCCGUGGCCCCAACCAGUGGAGGCCGGAGCCGACGCCGCGGCCAAAACCCUCCUCCUGCUCUGAUCCCGUUCGUGAAUCUUGCGCAAAUUAACGCUGGCGGCUACGAUAUGGAUUUCGCUUCUGAUUCUAAUGUUGAUGUCAACGAUAGUGAUAGUGACGAUGAAGGUAACGAUGGGAGCGACAAUGAUAACAACGAGGAUAUUGAUCGUAGCCGUUCUCAGUCACCCCAGCCAAUCUUGCGGAUGGGUUGUUAUCAAGUAAGACGUCCUGCUCCUCCUGCCGAGGAAGAAGAUGAAGUGGAAUCAGCGCAAGAGGAUGAGACAGAGGUUAGCAGCUCUGAUGGCUUUGAUAAUAACGGCGGCAAUAGUGAUGGUGAUAGCAAUAGCGGUGGUGCUACUAGCGUGUGA